AAUGUGGCGGUUGUUAUGACAACGUGUAUACAAAUGCAGUUUGGAAAAGAAGAGCAUGUUGUUGUGGUUAUUUUUCAAUGCUAAGUCUUGAUGAAGUUUUUAAAAUAGGCGCUACAUUUAGAGCUCUGUCGAUUGCAUAGCAAGCCUAAACGCCAGAGUAAUAAACAUUACUUAUUUGAAAGCUAAAAAUGCCAGUGCCACACAAACCUGCGACCGUGAAAUCUAAACUGGGAUCUAAUGUUCAUAUCCAGUCAAAGGCACCUGUUACAAAGGGGGUUAAAGCCAAUGGAAAGAAGAAGGAUGAUGAGGAUGGGAUGGACACUGGUGAAGGAGAAGAGUGGUUGCAGGGAAAGACUCUUGUGAAGCCUCCAGACCAGCUGGACUUAACCGAGGCAGAGCUGAAAGAAGAGAUAACCAGAAUACUAACAGCAAACAAUCCACAUGCUCCACAGAAUAUUGUCAGAUACAGUUUCAAGGAGAGCUGCUAUAAGCCCAUCAGCAGUGUGGAUCAGCUGGCUGUUCACUUUGUACUGGAAGGGAACCUUUUGUAUAAGGAUUCCAAUGAGGCCCGGAGACAGAUGGCUAAACAAGGCUUGACAGAGGAAAAGCCUGUGGAAGCCGUUCUUUCUGAAAUGGAUGAGGAAAACCCAGAAACUCCAGUAACUGGACAGGUGGACGGAGAAGAGGGUACAGUUGAAGGGGAGGAUGGAGGAGGAGAAGAGAGGCCAGACAGUGUGGACAUCAAAGCUGGCAAUAAAGAACUGAAACUCACCAACCAGUUCAACUUCAGCGAGAGAGCAUCUCAGACACUAAACAACCCUCUAAGAGAAAGAGGUUGUCAAACCGAACCUCCUCCUCGUGCAAACUUCUCAGCAACAGCCAAUCAGUGGGAGAUCUAUGACAUUUAUAUGGAGGAACUUCAGAGGCAGGAGAAAAGUAAAGAGAAGCAGAAAGUCCAGAUUUCAAAGAAGGAAGAGGACAAAGGCAAGAAGAAGAUGAUUGUAGCAGAGAAUCUGAGUGAUGACAUCUCCAAAGUGGCUAAAGUGAGUAAGAUCAUUGAACGUAUGGUGAAUCAGAAUACAUUUGAUGACAUUGCACAGGAUUUCAAGUACUUUGAGGAUGCAUCUGAUGAGUUUCGAGAGCAGGAGGGCACUCUUCUCCCACUUUGGAAAUUCCAGUAUGAUAAAGCCAAAUGUCUGUCUGUGACUGCCAUCUGCUGGAAUCAAAAAUACAAGGAUUUGUUCGUGGUUGGUCUUGGGUCAUAUGAUUUCACCAAACAGGGGCAUGGUAUGCUUCUCCUCUACUCCCUGAAGAACCCCACUUACCCAGAAUUCACCUUCACCACGACUUCGGGCAUUAUGUGUGUAGACAUCCAUGAACAUCUCUCCUACCUGGUGGCUGUGGGCUUUUACGAUGGCUGUGUUGCCGUGUACAACCUUAAAGAAGAAGGCCAGGAGCCUGUUUAUAAAAGCACAGCCAUAACUGGCAUGCACACAAACCCUGUAUGGCAGGUGAAAUGGCAGAAAGAUGAUUUGGACAAUAAUCACAACUUCUUCUCUGUGUCUUCUGAUGGUCGUGUGGUCUCUUGGACUCUUGUAAAGAAUGAAUUGGUCUUCACAGACAUCAUCAAUCUCUCGGUAGAGAGCGCUGUUCCUGAUGGCAAAGGCGAUAUGUCCAGAAUAGCUUGUGGAACAUCUUUUGACUUCCAUAAACAGAUCGACUUCCUUUUUCUUGUUGGCACUGAGGAUGGAAAGAUUCAUAAGUGCUCCAAAUCCUAUUCAAGCCAGUUCCUAGAGACGUAUGAGGCCCACAACAUGGCUGUUGAGGCUGUGAGGUGGAAUCACUUCCAUCCCAAAGUCUUCAUCUCCUGCAGCUCGGAUUGGACUGUUAAAAUCUGGGAUCAUACAAUCAAGUUCCCUAUGUUCAUCUUUGACCUAAAUGCGGCAGUGGAACAUGUGACCUGGUCUCCACACUCUUCCACUGUUUUUGCUGCUGUCACUGCUGAUAGGAAGGUUCAUGUGUUUGACCUCAGCAUUAACAAAUCUGAGGCUCUCUGUCAGCAAACAGUGGUGGCCAAGAAAAAGACCAAGCUAUCGCACAUUGAGUUCAACCCUGUUCACCCCAUCAUCAUCGUGGGCGAUGACCGUGGCUGUGUCACCAGCCUGAAGCUCUCUCCCAACCUCCGCAAGAAGCCUAAGGAGAAGAAGGGUCAGGAGAUGCCGAAGGGGCCGGAGGUGGAGAAUGCAAAGAUGGAGAAGCUGUUGAGUUUGCUGAGGGAGCCUGGGAGCAAUCAGCAGAACUAAAGCAACUGUGAAUAUCACACUGAACGUUCAAUAAAAAUUCCACAAAUGUUUCUGUCACAAAAAAUAUAUUUACAUGCAUGUAUAGUGAUAAAAAUCCUUCUAAAUGUCUGUAUUCUCUCUCAUUGUGUUAGAUGAUCUGUAGUAUUCUGUAUACUAUAUAUUAUAACUCUCUAUUAUAGAUGUUCAAAAUUGUAACUUUCUAAAAAAAAAAAAAAAAAAAAAAUAGAAAUGUGAGAGUUGUACACAAGUCUUAGUGUUAAUUGAUCCAAAAAUGAAAAUUAUUUUGUCAUUUAAACACACUCAUUGUGUUCCAAACCUUUAUGACUUUCUUCAAUGGAAUACAAAAGGAGAUUUUAGGCAGAAUCUUUGCCUCAGUCACUAUUCACUUUCAUUGUAUGGGAAAAAAAAGAAAGGAAGUCAUAUAGUUUUGGAUCAACAUGAGGGCGAGUAAAUUAUGACACAUUUUUCAUUUUUAGUUGAACUACCCCUUUAGAUAAGAUAAAAAAAAGGUUGAAACUUUACUUUAAUAAAAAAAAAAAAAAAAAAAAAAAAAAAAAGACCAAAAGAUUGUGCAGAUAUUUCAAUGCAUUUAUUAAACACAUUCAUUACUUUAAUCUGUUUAAUUUCCUUGAUGCAAAAUGCUAGUACGAUGAUAGGUUAUUAGUUUUCCAGUUCCUCUGGCCCUUUGCAUAAACAAAAAAACAAAUUUUAUAUUAAAAUGCCUCUUUCAGAAACAAAGCAGUACUCUCCAGCUCUUAUUAAAUUUUCAUUCUCACUCUUUAGCUUUUAUUUGUUUGUGUGUGUUUAUUAGCACAGCAUUUAUCGCAAGCUGGUCUCCUGCAGGUGUUCUGGCUUGUGUGGGGUUUCAAUGAUGCUCUGUCAGGCACUAGUGAAUUAGACUAAAGGGGGCAUUGAGAGUCUCUUUUCCUUUAUAUAUAACACUCAAGGCAGAGUGGUACAAUAUGAGAGAGCUCAGGUAAGAGACACAAACACACUCCCAGCAGCCCACGCUCAGCCAACCCACUCCAUGUUCUCAAGUGUUUUACAUGUUGUCCCAAUUAGACGGUCCUCUAAAAAUAGCAAAGAAACAAAUCUUAACAUUUUUCUAACAGUAUUAGUUCCUUAGAGAGACCAUGUGUCUUGGUCAGUGUUUUAAGGAGAGGAAACUAAUCCAGUCUGAUCUCACAAUGAAAUCGGAAAGAGUAGGUUGACUUUUCUUUAGCUAAAAUCAGUCUGUGCUUACAGAAAAUCUAAACACUGCACCUAGUGGCCAAAUCGGUAAGUGUUGUUGGGUGAAUGGGCAAUGUGUGAGCUCCAUUUUCCAGGUGUAACGUCCACAGAGGGGUGCCAAAAGCAAGUUGUGAAGCAAGAUGUUUUCAGCUGAACAGUAAUAUAGUGAAGAGAAAUUUCAUUAAAAGAGUUCUAAGUCAUGAACCAACACAACCAGCUCUGAGGUGAAUCACAUCACAUACAAACUUUGAUUUAAAGCAAAAAUUCAUUUGAAAAUCGGACAAAAAGACAAAGGUACAAGACUGUGUACUUAACGGCUUUCAUGAGGGCAUGAACUACAAUCCCAUGAAGCAUUGAGAAUGAAGUAAUCGAAUUAAAAACAAUGGAAAAAUAUAAAACUAUUGAUUUGAAGAUGUUGAUUAGAAGUAUAAAAUCAAUAUAUUGCAAAUUAUUCAUAUAUAUAUAUAUAUAUAUAUAUAUAUAUAUAUAUAUAUAUAUAUAUAUAUAUACAACUACAUAAGUAGUUUGAGAGUGUAAGGAUACCAACUUGAUUGCGUCAUGGGAGUGGGCGGUUGCUGCUGGGCUCUUUUGCCGCGAUUCUGUGAUUGGUGGAACUUUUCUCUUCAGGAUCAUAGGUAGGUCUGUCUUUAAAGGUUUUUAAGUUAUCAUUAAUAAAAAAGGGAUUUCGACCAGAGCCCGUCUGAAAGCGGAGCCUACAAGGUUAGCGUAGAAUAGCAUAACUUUAUGGGAGGUACACUGGCGAGGAGACAAGAGGCCGUUCUUUUUGAAUGGAUGUCUAUGGAGGAGAUGCUUCCUGAUGCUGAAUAAACUGCUUUUGUGAGUUCAUCACUUAAUGAAUUGACCGCAUUUCCACCAAUCUUCAACAUGUUUUAGACUAAACAAUGGAGUGGAGUGAACUAUGUGUUGAGUUUAAUAUGAUAAAACUGCUAUUAUGUAAGGGAAGUCACAGACAAUUUGCAACAGAUAGGUGUCAGUUUACGGCUCUCCCCAUUUGUUUGUAUGGUAUCCACUAAUGGUGACUUACUGUCCUAACACACUAGUUGACCAUUACGCUCUCUCCUAUGGUAAAAGCUUGGAGGUUGUUAUCUCAUUAUAGAAGAUCUCUGUUUUGACUCUGUUGUGCUCCAUAGUAAGUUAUGUGGAGAGUGAUUAUGGACCAAAGAGGUUUCACUGUGGGCGGGGCAACCAUGCACAACACUGCAGAAAUAGAAACCAAGCGACUGACAAAAUGUCCUUUCAUUUGUUGCUGCAUGUGAAGACAAAAACCUCAGAUUUAUGUGGAAGAGAUAGCCUUUAUCAAUUGUACAAAAAGUGAAAAUGGCAUUGCAGUAGUCACUGUAGUAGUGUUUGGCAGCUUUAUCCCAUGCUAUGUAAUCUAAAGCAAUCAACUAGUGAUAUACCGAUAUAUUGGCCAGGCCGAUAACUGUGUUUGCUUAGCCGAUUAAAAAAAGUGGUAAAUUUCCCUUGUUUUUAGGAAAUACAGCAUAAAAAAGUGUUUGUUUCACUUUUGAUUUGUCAAUUUUGUGUGCAUCUGAUUGCUGUUGUUAAAUUGUACAAUGUUUAUCGGCAUUUAUAUUGGCCAUCUGCCAACCUGCUCUCUAGAUAUCCGUUUAAAAACCCAUAUUGAUCGACCCCUACAAUCAACAUGUGUCCUCUUUGUCUUUCUCCUACUUUUGCAGUAUUUAGACAUACACAUUCACUCCGUCAGAUCCACUACAUGAAU